AUGGUGUUUGCAGGUUUCAUGACGCCGGGUCCUUCUCCAUAUGUACCUGUGCCAGAAGAUGGCGAGGUGGAAAAGGACUCUCUGUUACCUCGGUCUCCAGAGCAACAGCAUUGGUUCUCACAUGACAAACAGGCCUCUAGAACGCGUCUACUUCUUUCGCACGCCGCGACAUUCCUGGUUGCUGUGCUUCUCACGACAAUUAUUGUCAUAAUCUGCCGACCAUUCACAAGCAAAACGACAACGGAACAAAGAAUGAAAUAUUUACAUUGCGGAAACUCAACGGCGGAAGCCCGAGCACAGGGAUGUGUGUUCGACCUACUCGCUAACAUGUGGGUGCCCGAAUUAUGCUGGGACAAGGAAGGAACGGAGGAGUUUAUGCGCACAGCGCCAUGGCAAGCCUACGAUUCACAGGACGGUACACGACUCCUGACACUCGAAGAAAUGUCGGAACGAGUUGAAAGAGAUCGACCGUACUGGACACCAUUACGCGAGCAUGUCAUCCACUGCGCACUAAUGUGGCAAAGGCAGCAUCGAGGGUUUCUGAGCGGGUAUUCUGAGCAGAUGGAUUUUGAUUCGCUGAGUUAUCAGCAUACGGUGCAUUGCUCCACGAGUCUCAUGCAUAUGGCUGGCAUAGGUGAUCAGCCGCCUGAUCCUUUGGAUAAGAUAGCUACUUAUACCUGGGUUGGCUUUUCGGAUUGUAAAGUGGAGAUCUAA